AUUGACGCCAAGACAGUCAUUGACAGGUUUUCCUUUUGUCGGGAAGUGGCUGUGGACUAUUGCGUCAAGAACUCAGUCAAACUUGGUGACCAGGGCAAGACUGUGGAGGUGGAUGAAGCCAAGUUUGACAAGCGAAUAUACAAUCGUGGACGUGUCAUAGAAGGCACGUGGGUAGUGGGAGGUGUGAAGAGAGGCUUUAGCAACAUAGUUUACCGCAACAUAUUUCUAGUGCCUGUCGUGAGCCGGGACAAGGAGACUCUCCUGCGAGUUAUCAAAGACAACAUUUUCCCGGUCACUCACAUAGUUACAGACUGCAGGAGCAGCUAUAAUAACUUAAUUGCCGAAGGCUACAGCCACUCCACAGUCAACCACUCAUUGAACUUUGUGGAUCAUCAGAGUGGUACCCACACCCAAAAUAUAGAGCGGGAGUGGAGGGAAGUGAGGAGCAACAUUCCCAGGUUCAGAAGGCGCACUCAACAUUUCGCCAGCUAUUUGGCCGAGUCCAUGUUCAAGCGGACGUUCGCGGAUGUUGGCGAGCGGUUCCACCAUUUCCUUCUCCACGCUGUAAACAUAUUCCGCCCACUUUUACAUGGUUUCUUCGCCUUCUACUGA